UGACGUUUGUUUGAUUAAACUGACUAAACUAUUUUUGCAUUGCUAUUUUUGUACUCCGGCGUAGCGUAACGAAUUUAUUUAAGCGUACGACUCCGUAACGAAUAACAAACAACUAGAGCCGUUAACGUACAUAUAUCGCACAUGAUUUAGACUGGACCUGAAAUAACUUUAACGAGUUUCCGUGCAGUUACACUGUAAUUGCUCGAAGAAAAUGGAUUUAGAUCGAGAUACAUCUAACACCGACGAGUGUCUCGAGACUGCACUGCAAAUAUUUGACUUCUGCGGUGCCAAGAGUACCGGUACUCUACAUGUGGGUGCACUCAUGGAUAAAUUCGCUCCUUCCGUGAAGACUAACAAUGCUGAAUUUAGCUACCUGAAAACCCUACUAGACCCCAACCAAAGCAAUCCGGAGAUAAAUGUGCCUCAACUGGCCUGUGCCCUGAAUGCCUUCACUGACAGUCAGAAGACCAAGCUAGAUCUUGAUGAAAGUUUCAACUUGAAGAGCGGUAUGGGGCCCCAGGACUCUGAUUCUGGUAUUUCUAAUGAUGGCUACUUAAUCCUGGAAGAGCUGCAAGCGGAGCUGCGCGAGAAAUCCCACUUGGCUGCCAAGCUCCGCAGCCAACUGGACUUUACCGACCGACAGCACGAAGAAGCGCUGGCCGCGCUCAGCGCCGAGCGGGACUCGCUGCGCUCACACCUCAACAUGCUCCGUGAAGAAAACAUGUCAUUGACCCACGAGCGCCGCGAUUACGAGGAAGCGUGCGAGCGACUGUGCAGUAGCGAGCAGGCGCUGGGCGUGGCCAAGCGUGAGCGCGACACGGCGCAGCGGCGCGCCACCGCUGCUCUAGAGCAGGCCGCUACUUUAGAGGCCGAGAAACUAACUCUCCAAGAGCUCCUAAGCAAGUCCAAAGAAGAAUGUCACCGCAUCAACGAGAUGUACGCGUCACGACAGGCUUCCCUUCUAGAACAGAACGAGCUGCUGAAGAGGGAGGGGGCCGAAUUGGCGGCCAGACUCCAGGAUCAGGAGGAUCUGGUGCAGCAGAUGCUUAAAGAGAAGGUGAUCUUGGAAAUGGAGCUGAAGGAUGUCCUGAACCGCUCCAACCAGACGCAGCUGCGGCUCGACCGCUCCAUAGACGUCAGCUAUACCGAGGACCAGAUGCUGACGGCGCUGGACAGCCUCAACGUGGGCGGGUUCUCUUCAGAUAAUCAUGUGUUAGAAGAAGAUGCUUUCAUUAAAGCGCUUAAAGACCAGGAGCUUGGACGCGCCUCCAACCUAUCUCUCUUCGACGAGAUUCGACUCAGUUUUUGCAAUAUGACCCGACUUACACCUGACGCCUCUGGAAACAUGUCCAAAUCACAUCUAUUUGAAUACAAUGAUCGUGAUAACUUGGACACGUCGAAUACGGGCACUCAGACUGACGAAUUUAAGGAAAUAACUAAUAAUAACAAAUGUGACUGCACUAAAACAUGUCUCGAAUGUGAAAAGUUAAAAAAUGAUUUAGUAAAUGUCCAAAACGAUUUAAAAACUGCCAAUAACAACGUGUCUCAUAUGCAAACGGAACUUAUCGAGUGUGAGAAGGAUUUUAAAGAGUUACAAAAACGUUAUGUUAGAAUCGACAAAAUAACCUCUGAAACACAAACCGAUGACCCAAUAUGUAGUAACUGUAAGGAGAAAACUGUAGAAUGUAAUAUAUUAAAGGACACACGUGCCAAGUUAAGAAUAGACCUUAAGCAGACUCAAAAUAAGGUUUCAAAUGCUGAAAAAGAGUUGAUUAAGUCUCGGUUAAGCUUGAAGACGUUACAAGAUUAUAUAGACGGGUUAAAAGUGGAACGUUAUGAAAUUGGGACGCAGAUAGAUGACCCAAUGCAAAUUGUACCUUCUGUCGAUAACAAUAACGUUGAAGUUUGCAAUGACUGCCCAAAGCAAUGCUUAAACUGUGACAAAUUACGGGAUUACACAGCUAAAUUAGAAAGCGACGUAGCUCAAGCAAAUAACAAUUUAGCUAAUAUGCAACUAGAUUUGGACAAAUAUGAGAACACGUUGAAUGAUUUACAAAAAUAUUUAGACGAAGGCGUGAACAGGAAUGACUUUCUAGAGACAAUGUCGCAGAAUUUACAAGCUAAGCUUGACGUAUUGGAGUCUGCAUGUAUCGCUCAGAAGGAGAAUAUCGAGAGUAUGACGUGUGAGAUGUCUUGUAUAGAAAGCCAAACUGAUUAUGACGUGGCGUCGGUCGGCACUCAGGCGUCGGUGCCGUGCCUUCAGUGCGAGUCGCGCACCGCGGUCGCGCCGCAGCGCACUAUACGGAGACUCUUGUGGGAGUCCCUCAAGUGCCUGUUCCAAGCCUUCGCCUUGCUCUGCUUCAUUUUCGCCCUGUCAUCCCUGUACGGCGUGACGCGCCGGCGCGGCUGCGGCGAGCGCGAGCUGCCGUGGCGGUGGCUCGAUGCGCAGGAGUUGAUGGACCUGCUCUUGAGGAUAGAGUACGUCGCUGAUGUGCCAAUGUGAGCCGUAACGG